CGAAACAAUUUUUUAACGGGGACAAGGUCAUGGACUUGUCCAUGCUGUCUUCCGUAACAGUUUGUAUCACAUCGUUUGACACAUUUCUCUUUUAAAACCCACUUGGUCUCUAAUUUAUAGAUUCUAUUCAUGCCACAUUUCUACAUUUCCAAAAUAACGAAAAUAGAAAGCGAUUGUAGGGAAUCUUAAGAAGUUUUACAUCUAAUAAAAUGAUUGGCAAAUUUUGGUCAAGUAUCAGAUUCAAAGUUGCUGUUUUAAAUUUUGGACCAUCAUGUCGGAACUGUGCAAACUCCUUGGCUGACAUAUCAUCUGCUAUACUUUUGGGACAAAAUUCAAAUACUAAGAUGCAAAUGCUGCUAAAUAACGUAGGAGUCAAGCUUCAUGCUUUGAGCAUUGUACUCACUCAACAAUGCAAUCGUGUUGCAGCAUUGCGUCUUCGUAGAGCCUUUCAGAUCUUGGGCCUGUACCAGCGUAUUUAUGGCGAGCAGCUUUUAAUGCAAAAUGUGAAGAGACAAUUCAAUUUCAGGACCCGACCUUUAUUGACAUUGCUGUCAGCUGCUAUUUUUCAGUGGGAGCAAGAAAGAGUAACAGAUGAAGAACUUGAAAAGUGCUGCUAUGAAAUAGAAGAAGUCAAUAAGCUCUUGGAAUCUUCUGAUAAAAGUAGUCCAGUACUUGAGGUCAAACCCUGUUCGUAUCAACACAGUGACUGGGAAAAUGUGGUUAACACAAAUGAUUUUAAAAUUUGGCGGCGUCUUAUACCAAACAGCACACUUUAUCAAUAUAGAGUAUAUGGGCAUUUUACAGAUAUUCCACCUCGAGCAUUUUAUAACACUCAGGUGGAUGUUGAUUACUGGAAAGACUGGGACAAAAACACUAUGGAAGUAAAGAUUAUUGACAGAGAUGAUAAAACAGACUCCGAAGUAGUGCAUUGGGUUUAUAAAUUUCCUUAUCCUAUGUAUCCCAGAGACUAUGUCUAUGUGCGACGCUGCAAGGUUAAUCUUGCAACAGGUACCAUGGUUAUCACUGGCCGCUCUACAGAUCAUCCCAGCUGUCCACUGAGUGAUAACUAUGUUAGAGUUGCUACUUACUGCUCACAGAUGGUCAUCAAACCAUAUACCACUUUUGAUGAGAAUGGCUUUUACUACGUUAUGACCUACUUUGAUGAUCCGCAGACAAAUUUCCCUCCCAUGUGCUAUAAUUGGCUUGCUAGCACAGGUGUUCAUGAAUUUCUUGAAAAGGUCCAUAAGGCUGCCUGUCGGAAACAUGAAAAGAGCAUUGAACCUGCUGCUGCUCGCAUUGAUAAAAACACCAAUAAUAUUUACUCCAACAUUGUUCAUCAUUAAAAAUGCACUAGAUCUUUUUAUUUUGCCUAGCUUAAUCAUAAUGUCAGUAAUAGAUUGUAUUUAUUUAAAAUAUCUACUUAUAAAUCACUGUAUGGUGGUGUUCAAACCACAAGCAACCAGUCUAAAAUAUACUGAAGCUCAAUAUAUAACUGAAUAGAUAAUAUGGCCUGAUCCAUUUCUUAAAGGCUUUCUGUUGUUAUGGUAUUGUGAUCUCAUUUUGAUGAUGUACUUUUUAGACUGGCCUUGGUUUGUGUGUUGCGGUUGCAGCAUCAGUUGUAAAAAAAAAAAAUAUUGUAACUUAUAUUCUUAGUUCAUUUUCAUACAUGUAUGCUUGAAAACUUGCACUGAUUAAAAAUCAAUAUUCUGCCCAAAUAUGUAAAAUAGUUACAUCAAAUUAUGAGAGGCAAAUCCUUGGAACGUUGUGUUUUUUUUCAUCAAAUUGGAAAAUAACUUAGCCGAAAGUACAUUUAAAAAAUAAAAUUUUCAUCUAUUGUAUGAAUUACAUUUUUUUGAGUAUUAAGUAAGAAUUCCAUGUUAAUCUAAUUUUUUUAUUAACUCAAAUAAAAGUAUUUUAAAAUCUAUUAAAUACCAAUUCUGUUAAUGGACAUUCAAGUUUACUAAACUAUUUUAUAACCAAUUGUUUGUUAUAAUAAUAAGAAUGUGUGCUUUAGAAAUUACCAUUGCUAGUUUGUAAGAAAAAGUUCAGAUGUGUAAUUUUCAUGUGUAUAUUUUACCAUGGUACACCCUAGGGGCAUUACUCACAAAUAGCAAAUCUCCAGUUAUGUAAAUACUGUUCAGUGGAUUCGUUUAGAUUUUCUUCUGCUGCUUUUGUAUUGAAGGGGAUAUACUUAGCUGUUGUAUGGUUGAUUGUGUUGAUGUACACAUCUCAAUUUUAGCAUGAGAAUAGCUUUGGCGGUGAUAUUUGACCAGGAUGAUUUUUACCACAAAAAGUGCCCACUUUUUUGUUUUAAUCUUGUAUACAUUUUUAUUAUAGCCAAUAUGUUUUUCUAUAAAGAUUGUUUUCAUGUGUCAUAAUCAUGAACUCAUUUUUAAAUUUUGAACUUAUAAACAAAUCUAAAACAGAAUUUUGUCUUCUCAUGUAUGGAUUUUUCAAAUUAAGUAUGUAAAAUGAAUGAAUUAGGACUUAACAACUGUGUGCCACAUGAACAGAUUGGAAUGUCCAAGGUUUGGAAUAAAGAAAUUAUUUAGUAACAUCUUAAUGCACUUAUGAAUGUCUUCAAUCAUUAAACAGGAUAAAAAUUUC